ACAGGAGACAUGGGACCGUGGAGUCACCGAGGGGGGGAAACUCUUCUCCACAACAACUCCAACCAAACCGAAAAAGUCAAAUCCAGCUGAACAUCUUUUCAUGGACGCACUACUUUUUUCAACUUGAAUCCUAAUUUCUACCAGAAGGACCGGGAGAGAAACGACUUUAAAUGACAACUGAAGUUAUCCGUGCUUUUUGGAUACCCAGGGCAAAGUGCCACACCUUCGCUUAGCGCAACAGCUUCACGACACAGCGGGCCAAAUGGGGUGCCAAUGCUGCAGGAUGAUAAAAAGCUACAUCUACGACCCCUCUGUGGCGGGGGAUGUGAGGAAGUCCGACUCCGCGGGCAGCUCGCUCUACCAGCCCCACCACAUCUCAGGCGGGGCCCUCGGCGACGACCCGCUCAGCAGCCCCAGCAAGCAGAAACAGGGCUUCAACAACCUGGGCUACAGCAAGUCCAGCGACAGCACGCUCAGACUCGAGGUGGACAACAACCACGUCAACCACAGGCUGCACGCCGCGCCUUUGUCCACGAAGGAGCUGCACAGGCAGGCGAGUGCGCCGCCUGCAGAUGGCGGUCUGUACAUCAUCCAGCCGGAAGCUCUGGGGACGCGCUGGGUGAGCCAGGUCCCCGUUUACCCGGACAUACAGGAGUACGAGAACCAGAGGAGCUACAGGGAACGGGGACGCGGCGCCACGACGAACGAGUGGGACAGCUCCAUCACGGAGUGUGCGAUUAACAGCGACGGCCUGUCAGUGGACGAGAUCGACGAGGGCGUGGGAGGGACGCCGGAGUACCCGUGUGACACAGGGGACGAGGGUAGCGUCCUGUCUGUGGACAUCCACACCAGCACCACCAGCCUGUCAUCAGUGGACACCAGGGACGAGCUCAGACUGCCAAAGACUCCGGACGUGUCCACCGUCGAGAGCGGGAUCUCAGUAACCAAGAGCGAGGACGACGACGAGCAGGAGGACGCGAAAAAUGAAGCGGAGGAGGUUCAGAGCGUCACGGACUCGAUGGUGGCGGAAGCUCUUGCCGCUCUGGAGGCCGCCACCGCCGGCGAGGACUUUGAGUGACGGACCAAAAAAACUCUUGUUUUUAUCCGAAAAAAAAACACGGAGCAAAAGAAGAAAAACUGUUUACAAAAAGAUUUAUUUUUGAACUCAAAAAUCUUGGAUAUUUUUUUAUUUUAAUCGCACAGACAGAAAAUAACGUGUAAACGAGGCGACUUUGGAAACGUGUGAAUGUCGCCUGCAGCCAUAUCAGCGUGAAUCACGUGUAUUUAACACUCCGAAGUCCUCAGAAGUCUGUGUGUCUCACUGCUCUGCCACGUCCACACUGUCCUCCAGCAGUCAUUAAUAACACACACAUUGCGUACUUGGUGAACGCUCCUUGCCAUAACUUGCUGUCUCUUCAGGAACUCGCCCUCGUUUCUCCGAGCAGGCGAAAAGGUCAUCGCGUAUAUU